CAGUUCCUUCAUUUUCACAUGAAAUUGCUCUGUAUUCUUUAGGAUAACUCAUUCGUCGACUCUCUGACCCAAUACACACUUUGCAGAACAAACACCUAAACUUACUAAAAGUGGGAACUUUUUGAAGAACACAACAACUUAUACAAAUUGUUCUAAACACUUCCGCUUGACUCCAAUGGCACCGCUGAAAGUGUUGAUAUGUGGAGGCGGUUGUGCCGGACCAGCCUUGGCCUUCUGGCUCACCCGUCUCGGGCACCAUGUAACCAUCGUCGAGCGCUUUCCUGCCCUACGCGCAACUGGAGCACAAAUCGACUUUCGUGAACAAGGCAUUGGAACUCUCAAAGUAAUGGGCCUUAUGGACGAGAUACGAGCCAAACUAGUUGAUGAAGCAGGCGUUGCUUUCAUUGAUACCAAUGGAAAGGUCUUGGGAACAGUGCUCGCCAAUACAUCAGGCAAGGGUGCACAGUCUAUCACAUCUGAGUUCGAAAUAAUGCGGGGAGACCUUGUGAGAAUUUUGUAUGAUGCUACGAAGGACGAUGCUGAGUAUGUUUUUAACAAAACUGUUGAGAAAUUUGAGCAAGAUGAGAAGAGCAUACUUGCCCACUUCUCUGAUGGGACCUCGGACACUUUUGAUAUCCUCGUUGGAGCAGAUGGUCAGGGCUCAAGAAUUCGGAAAGCAAUCGAGCCAGCUGAUGCUCCGGAUCCUUAUCGAAAACUCGGUAUUCACAUGGCGUAUUACUUUAUCCCACGUGAGGAAGGAGAUAGCAAUAUUCGCAGGACAUAUCAAGGUUCGCAAGGUCGCAUGAUAUUUCGUCGAACGCACAACUCAACCGAGACGCAAGUUUAUCUCAUUCUCAAAGACGAUUCUCCUGAAAUCUCCAGCAUCCAUAGAGGUUCAGUCGAGCAGCAGAAAGAGUUCUGGGCACGAAGGUUUCGAGGUGCAGGAUGGCAGACAGAUCGUUUCCUGGAGGGCAUGAAGACAACCGAGAACUUUUACUCUCAAGAAGUUGUCCAAGUUCAGACAAAUACUUGGCACAAAGGCCGCGUGGUUCUCAUAGGCGACGCAGCUUAUUGUCCCUCUCCAUUCAGCGGCAUGGGAACUACGCUCGGCUUCAUCGGUGCUUACGUGCUAGCGGGUGAGAUUCAAAAGAACCCUGAGAACUUAUCCUUGGCUUUUGAGAACUACGACAAAGUGCUGCGACCGUUUGUUGACGAUGUUCAGAAUAUCAAGCUUGGGCUUAUUCGGUGGGCUAUACCUGAUACUCAAUUGGGUGUUACGAUCCUGCAGUGGAUUGCUUGGUUUGUAUGUCUUUUAAGGAUCCCCUAUCUUAUUUCAAGGUUUUCGAGUGAGGAGAAGGCAGGGUGGCCGUUACCGAAUUACCCUGCGCUCAAGGCGAGCAAGUGAGUUUUGUUGUAUCUGUGGUAAUUUUGAAGGCAUUAAACGUUUAAUGUGGGAUAUCAAGCAACUCUACUCAGUCAUUUGCAGGAUGAGAUUGAUAACUGGAGAAACAGUAUUUAAGUAUUGAAUUUUGUUCUAGCAA